CCAGUCUCAACCGCCAAUUCAUCCAACGAGCUAGACGGAGCAAGCUACCACCCGCUCAUCGAAGAGGAACCCUCCAUCCCACCGGACAGCAACGCGUCCCCGCCCAUCUACCCAGCCUACACGGGCUACUUCCAGACCUCCGCCGACGCGAAGCGACACCGCAAGCGCACACGCAUAGCCCCCAAGUCGGAUGCGCCGGACAUCCAGCGCGUGCGACAGCACGGCCGCGCAUACUGGGUGCGACGCAUCUACGAGGCCAUGAUCGACGUAUCAUGCAUCAGCGACGGGGCGUCCUCGAUCCACCGGCAGCGAUUCGUCGAGACGGCGGUGUUCGACGGCGCGGAUCUCGAAGCCACGGCGCAUCAUGUCUUCGAUGCGGCGGUUGCUGUGCACGUGCGGGGCUGGAACCGGCCUGUCGUGUACCAUAAGAAGGUUGUGCGGGGCAAGUUGACGGAUGUUAGUCGGCGGAGUUUGGAGAGGCGGCUUGCGCGUGUUUGUCUGUGUUUGAGGCAUAGGAAGGCGACGGUGGAUGAUGCGCUGAGGGGGGGAGUGACGCUGGCGCUUCUGUGUGAUAAUCCUGAGGCGAGGGGGUUUACGAAGUUGUCUAAUAAUGUGGGGAAUAUGAAGCGUGGUGAGAGGCUGAAGCUUUCGAGAGAGCGGACUGCGCUGGAGUUGGAGAUGGAAGGGGGCGGGGAGGAUGAGCAGGAAGACGAAGAGGAGAUGGAUGAGGAUGAAGACGGGAUGGAAGAC